AUGUUAAUAGCUUUAUCUAUUUAUUUAUUUCAUUUAUUUAAAAAAAAUUUGGUAAGGAAUUAUUUGGAAUAUUUUUAUUUUAAUUCUUUCAAGUCCCAAAAUAGCCAACAACAACAAUUUAAUAAUCAAAAUGGAAAAUUAACCUCCACAUUAAUUUUAGAAAAGCAACCUUUAAAUUUAAAUGAAAAAUCAGAAAAAGAUUUAAAUGAUAAUUUAAUUAAUAAAAAUGAAGAAGCGCCUCCUCCCCGUCCACCCAAAAAUACCUCAAUUAAUUCAACAAUUCCUCAUCAAAAUUUAAACGAAAAACAAACUAAUGGAAUUAAAAAUGAGGAAACUUCUUCCCCUUUAAUUUCAAUUCGCCCAUUAGAAUCUUCCCCAAGAAAAAAACAAAUAUUUUCUAAUGGAAGAGAAGGAGGGGCUAAUACACCUCCUUCACCACUUAGAAUGACUCCAUUACGUCCUCAACAACAAUUAAAAAAUGGAAAUUCUCAUCAGAAUUUUGCAACAGCAGAUUCCUUUUCAUCUUCUCCACCUCCCCUUCCACCUCCAUCAACAUUUUAUCCUGACCGUUCAUUAUCUAAAUUAGCACCUACAAGCAAUAAUUCAAUUUUAAGUUCAUCUCCAAUUUCUGAAUUAACUUCUUCCUCUAUAUCUCCUUCUGGAGAUUCUUUAAGAGAUAGUGAAUUAAUGCGCCCUCCAAAUAUUAAAAUUAUAUCUUCAAUUAAUUCUACUAAAAGACAUUCCCCAAUUGAUUCUAUAUCAGCACCUAUUGCUUGUAAAGAAGAGCUUUGA